GAGAAAAGUGCACUUUUGGUCAAAAGUGUACAACUUCAAAGUCAUCAUAUACCUUUUGAGUAUUUUCCUAUUGAACUAAUCGAUUAAUCUUUUAAAAAAGAUGCCAUAACGUCAACUUUUAAAAUAAUUCAUCUGAGAUUAGGCCUGUCACACAUGUGUUUAAAACAAACAUAAAUUACAUCAAACUUGAAAGUGCAUUUGUACUCAGAUUUUCACUUCCGGGUUAAAAUAAAAUGAGCCAGCCAAGUGAUUCACCGAAAAUCUCUCCUAAAGUGGAAAAAGAUGUAGAGAAGGAAGGACAAUCUGAAUCAGAGAGUGAAACAACCCCAGAGAAGCAACUUAAGGAGUCCAAAUCUGAUGGAAAAGCAUCAAGUGUUAGUCCUUCACAGGAAAGGAAAAGAAGGCUUGAAACACCAGAGGAGGAACACGCUAAUAAACAUAAAAAAGAAAAACAAGAAGAAGAACGAUUAAAGAUGCAGGUUUUGGUGUCUAACUUUACAGAAGAUCAGCUUAAUAGAUAUGAAAUGUACAGAAGAGCUGCAUUUCCAAAAGCUUCAAUUAAAAGGCUGAUGCAAUCCAUCACCAAAUCCAGUGUAUCACAGAAUGUUGUGAUUGCGAUGUCUGGUAUAGCCAAGGUAUUUGUUGGUGAGGUUGUGGAGGAAGCUCUUGAUAUCAUGGAACAGUGGGGAGAAUCAGGACCAAUUCAUCCCAAACAUUUACGAGAGUCAGUUAGACGACUGAAACAUAGAAAUCAUUUACCAAACUCUAAAACAAAGAAAGUUCUUUUCAACACGUGAAGAAUUGAAAAAUGUAUCAGAAUGGACAAAAGAAUGGGCUCUUUGGGCAAAGAGCAUAUGAUAUACCAUCACCAUCAGAAAAUAGUACAUGUAUAUGUAUUAACAUUGCUGUAAAUUAAUUUCAGGUCCAAAAGAAUGAAUGGAAUAGUUGUUAUGAAAAUGCUCUUUUAAAUUAAAACAGUGUUGUAUGA